AUGAAGACCAAUAAAGAUAUUUGCAAUCUAAAGGCGUGUCUAACCAACGCUGCCUUGUUCCCUCCAGCACCCCUGAUUAUGUCAGAGGCUGUGUACGACUGCGUCAAGAAGAUGGGGAAGAAACAGAACAAGGCGCAGGUUCCACCAGCAGCCGAGCCUCAGAACAAGAAGCCCUCAACGAGUAAACCACCCAAGAAACUAAACUCCAGUAAUACAGUAGCGCGUCCGACGCACAAGAACCUUGAGGAAGCCCUCAAAGCUCUGGAUGUCGGGGACCUGAAGCAGCAUCUGGCUCACAGUCAGACUCUGUUCCCAGACAAUCCAUCCUUCUGGGUCGAAAACCUGGCAGAGUACCUCAACCUCAAUCUGACUGCGCCGGAGACAGAGCCCACUCACUGCAGCUGCGCUCACGACUACCCAUACUGCCGUACAGGGCAGGAGCUGAGGGAUGUGAUUGAAGGCCUCAUCAGACGCUGCAGAGACGUUCUGCCACGUUGCUUCGACCAUUGUGUUUACGCCAUGCUCACGCAGCUGGACAGGCAGUCAGGAGAACCACUUCAUGGCUACAGAGUUUGCAUCCAGGCAAUUUCAAGGGACCAACCCACAAUAGCCACCCAACAUCUGCCAGAGUAUUUGGAGUUACUGCGGUCGGUUCAGAAUCGCCCAGUGAAGUGUUUGACUAUCAUGUGGGCUCUGGGACAAGCAGUAUUGUAUGACCUCAGCCAGGGACUAAGAGUGUGGCUGGGCAUCAUGUUUCCUGUGCUUGGAGUGAAAUCCUUGUCUGCAUAUGCCAUUGCCUACCUGGAUCUACUUCUCCUACAUCAUCCAAACCUGACAAUGGGAUUUGACGUCAUUGGACCUAAAGAGUUCUUUCCUUUGCUGGAUUUCGCCUUCAUGCCCAAGAAUGCCCUGUCAUCAAGUCUGCAGGGGCAGCUGAGGCGUCUGUACCCUCGACUCAAAAUCCUCGCGUUCGGAGCCGAACCAGAGGACACGCUACACCUGUACCUGCCGUCCUAUCUGUCCAGAGCCACGUCCCACUGUCCUGAAGACAUGAAGAGAGAGCUGCUCAGAAGCAUGACAGAGUGCUUGUGUGUGGACGAACAAAGUCUUGACGUAUGGAGGGGGCUCUAUUCCAAACACUUAGCCCAGUCCAGUCUCCUGUUGAAUCAUUUGUUGAAGUCCUGGAAAGUCCUGCCACCAAAACUGCGGAAGAACCUCGAAGAGACAAUCCUGUCGUUCCGAGUGACCAAUGAGGAGAUGAGAGACGCCGUUGAGACUCCGGAGCUUCACGAGUGCAAUAGACUGUGUCAGAAUCUGCAGGUGAAGAUGCGUGGUCGUGGGUUCCCCUGGUCCAAGCUGCUCAUGGUUCUUCUGGUCACGUAUCUCGCCGGCUUCAUGGCCUACGUCGUCACAUCUCACGGCUCCUUCACAGGUCCGUCUUUACGGCAGAAGUCCAGAUCCCGUCCGGAUCUGGACUUUUAG